AUGUUUAAAUAUGCUUCAAGAAGGCUGUUGAGUAGUACUGCUAAGAGCCCACCUGGCUUGUUAGAAGAUUUGAAGCUUAGAGGGUUGAUUGCACAGGUUGCACAACCUGAACAAUGGUUACACGAAAAACUCUCACAAGGCCAUAAGAUAAAGCUCUACUGUGGGGCAGAUCCAACAGCCAAGUCGCUUCAUCUGGGUAAUGUUGUUCCAUUGAUGAUAUUGCUAAACUUUUACGUGAAGGGACAUGAUGUUUUUGCCCUUGUCGGUGGUGCUACGGGCAGAGUUGGUGAUCCUAGUGGGAGAACUACUGAGAGACAGGGGAUGAGUGAUGAUUCGAGGUUAGAUAAUGUGGAUAGAAUUCAACAGCAAUUUACUAGAUUUUUCGAAAAUGGUUGGAAAUAUUACGAAUCAAGGUUUCCGCAGAUUUCUGCUCGAGGACCAGGACGAUUGGUUAAAGUUGAUAAUUACCACUGGUGGAAAGAUAUUAAGCUUUUAGAUUUUCUAGCACAGUACGGUAGACAUAUUAGAGUCCAAUCUAUGUUCUCUAGAAGUUCCAUUGCCAGUAGGAUUGAAGGUAAGGACGGAUUGGGUUUUAAUGAAUUUACUUAUCAAGUGCUACAGGCUUAUGAUUUUUACCAUCUUUACAAAACUCAUGGUGUAUCGUUGCAAGUUGGUGGUAACGACCAAUGGGGGAAUAUUACUGCAGGAAUUGAUUUUAUUGAUAGAGUGGUAUCAAGUAGCUCCGAUAAGUUAUCGCCUGGUGGUAUCACAGCACCAUUAUUGUCAACUUCUACAGGUGAGAAAUUUGGUAAAAGUGCUGGUAAUGCAAUUUUCCUUGAUCCUCAAAUUAAUACUGCAUACGAUAUUUUCCAAUUCUUUUACAAUACCAAAGAUGCUGAUGUCUGCAGAUUUCUCAAGAUCUUUACGCUGUUACCUUUGGAGACCAUUAGUACAGUAGUGCAAGACCAUAUGGAACAACCACACUUACGCAAGGGCCAAAGAUUUUUAGCAAAAGAAGUUACAGACUUACUCUUUGGCGUGGGUUCGGGUGAAAGGUCAAGUAAAGUAUCUGAAGUCUUGUUUGGGCAUGUGUCGGAGGCCAACAUGAGCGCUGAUGAAUUAAUAAAGCUGUUUAGUGAAGCCAAGAUUUUGCAAAAGGUUCCUAGAGGUCAAAGUUUGGUGGAUAUCAUCACACAAGUGGCACCAUGCUCCAAAUCAGAGGCGAGAAGGAAAUUGAGUCAAGGUUCUGUUCUGCUCCAUUCCUCAAAACUCAAAGUAACUGAAAACAUAGAUCAACUAGGUCAGUUCUUAAUCGACGAUAAAGUACUAAUAUUAAGAAUUGGCAAACAAAAGUGCCAUGUUAUUGAAAUCCUGUAA